AUCUUUUUGGUAGAGAAAUUGGUGGAGGCUCUUUAUAAUCAGGGUGAGACUAAAUCAAUAAAUCAACUACCCUGAAGACCUUCGGGUCUAGACGCCAUUGUUUGUUCUGCUAUACAUACAGAGCAAUACCCAUUCUGUAAUUACAGAAGCCGCCAUUAUUAUUCUGAUCUUGAGGGUGCUGAAUAAUACUGGUGUGCAAGGAAAAAAUGAUGAAAAUUGUAUUCAUUGUAUUGUGUUUACUGUAUCUGGGUAUGGCUAAUGCCGAAUGCCCACUCGACCUUGAUUAUGUGACUGAAUGGAACUGGAAUACAUCCUUCUGCCGAUCUGUUCAGACUGGUGAUAAUGUCGAAAAUUGCCGCACAUCUCUCAGAACUGUGUUUGGUGUGGGGCUUUCUCAGUACCUGAAAGAAAAAUCCCUUUUUGAAUUGCCUGAUUAUGCCUCUGCAACUGCCUGUGUGGACAAAUUUCAGCAGCUGCUCACUUCAAUGGGAUUUCCCUCAAAUUUGACCCAGACCUCUUUUUAUAAGGCAUCUGAAUUUGUCUCAGGACCGAGUCUGUGUGAUGGCAUAGAGACAGUGGAAGAUUGGAAUGAGACAGUGGGCGUGACUUCAGUGGAUACAACCUGCAAAGGGGAUCUUUCAUCAGAUUCUGCCUGUACUUCCUGUUUUAAUAGUGGGCAAGUUGUUCUGAGCCAAAUUACAAACAGAAUCAGUAAUAUCACAGCGGCAAAGAGUCUGAAAUGUUACUAUUUCUUGUGCCUGUAUGCUGCAGGUGUGGUGAAUGAAUUCGGGCCCAAGAACAAAGCCACGGCUUCCUGUGUUCUUCGGGUGCAAUUUGCAGCCGAGGGAAAUUCAAACCACAGGGUUUUGAUCUAUGGUCUGAUGGGUGCUGCUGUGGGAUUCCUGGUGCUCACCAGUAUAGGCGUGGGGUACCUUUUGUGGGCUAAGAGGAAGGGCAACGCUAAGCACAGGCGUUUUGUGAGGCUCAACAGAAGUUUUCUGAAGAGUGCUGUGAAGCCCAACAUGGGUGCAGUCUGGUUCAGCUUACAGAAGAUCAAAGAUGCAACCCACAAUUUCAGUCCCAAAAAUAUCAUCGGACAGGGCGGAUUUGGGACUGUUUAUAAGGGAGUCCUUUCGGAUGGUAGUCUGGUUGCUGUCAAGAGAAUGAAGAACUCCAAUAUGGAAGGGGAUUCUGAUUUCAUAAACGAGGUGGAGAUCAUUGACAGGAUUAGGCACAGGAAUCUGGUUGUUUUGAGAGGCUUUGGGGUUUCCAGUGACGACAUUGAAGGGCAGCAGCAGUUUCUUGUCUAUGAUUACAUGGUUAAUGGGAGCCUGGAUGAGCAUAUUUUUGAACAGGGGAACAAAAACAGGGCACCCCUGAAUUGGGAGCAGAGGAGGAACAUCGCCAUUGGUACUGCUAAAGGAUUGUGUUAUCUUCACCAUGGCGUUCAGCCUGCAAUUUAUCACAGAGACAUCAAGGCUACUAACAUUCUACUGGAUGAUGACAUGAAUGCCUGUGUUGCAGAUUUUGGGCUGGCAAGGAUUACUACUCAGGGCCAAUCUCAGAUGACCACAAGAAUUGCCGGUACCCAUGGCUACCUGGCCCCUGAAUAUGCUCUCUACGGACAGCUUACAGACAAGAGUGAUGUUUACAGUUUUGGGGUCGUUUUGCUGGAGAUUAUGAGCGGCAGAAAGGCUCUGCAUGGUUCUGUAGAACAGCCCUCGGAUUAUCUUAUCACCGAUUGGGCAUGGAAGCUUGUAAAGGCAGGCAAAAUUGUGCAGGUCAUAGAUCCCAGAAUCCCUCAAGAUGGGCAUCAGGACAUCAUGGAGAGGUUUGUGCUUGUGGGUAUACUGUGUGCCCAUGUAAUGGUAGCAUUCAGACCAAGCAUGAGUGAAGUUUUGAAGAUGCUGGAAGGGGAUGCCCCAAUUCCCACAAUUCCAGAGAGGCCUUUGCCUCUGGCAAAUCUUACAACUUUCACAGAUGAGUAUGGUUCCUUCCUGGAUUCAAUCUCGCACCCCUCUUUCAGCUCAACUGUUAUGUUACGGUGACUUACUGUGCCAUUCACAAACUUCUUCUGUUCGAAUCCUCCAUGUUCAAUUCUUUCCCCCUGUACGUACAUGUAUAGGUAUAUCCGGCUUUGUAUUAUUAAUAUCAAUUUCAGUUCUAUACUUCAUUACA